CCAUCCCUAACCUCCGCACAUCAUCUCCCAUUUCUCUCUUGCUUUCAGCUUUUUCAGAAAUGGCCAUUAAUAUUCCUCUCUGUAUUGCUUCUUUUCUCUCUUUUUUUUUACUGGUGGAAGCCAGAAUCCCCGGAAUUUACUCCGGCGGCCCAUGGCAGAGCGCUCACGCCACCUUCUACGGUGGCUCCGAUGCUUCCGGCACAAUGGGCGGCGCUUGUGGGUAUGGGAACUUGUACAGCCAAGGGUAUGGAGUGAACACGGCGGCGCUGAGUACGGCUCUUUUCAAUAAGGGUCAGAGCUGCGGCGCUUGCUUUGAAAUUAAGUGUGCUAAUGACCCACGGUGGUGCCAUUCCGGCAGCCCGUCGAUUUUGAUUACCGCUACUAAUUUCUGCCCGCCGAAUUAUGCGCUGCCCAACGACAAUGGCGGCUGGUGUAACCCUCCUCGUACCCACUUCGACCUCGCCAUGCCCAUGUUCCUCAAAAUCGCCGAGUACCGCGCCGGUAUCGUCCCCGUGUCUUACCGCCGAGUGCCAUGCCGGAAGCACGGAGGAAUCAGGUUCACAAUCAACGGCUUUCGUUACUUCAAUCUGGUUCUAAUCACCAACGUGGCAGGUGCAGGGGAUAUCGUACGGGUUAGCGUUAAAGGAACAAGAACCGGGUGGAUGAGCAUGACACGAAACUGGGGGCAAAAUUGGCAAUCCAAUGCCGUAUUAGUGGGCCAAGCUCUGUCGUUUAGAGUAACCGGCAGCGACCGUCGAACCUCAACGUCAUGGAACAUCGUUCCCGCCCAUUGGCAGUUCGGCCAAACUUUCACCGGGAAAAACUUUCGUGUUUAACCGCAGUGAAAAAAAAAAUGCUUUUUACUACAUGGGUUAUUUUUCUUCAAGUUUCCAUUUAUAACCUUUUGGGGAGUGUUUGUUUUGUCACAAGACUAAUCUGAUCUAAGCGUAAUUAGGAGCAAGGAUUGGGGGUAUUAUGGGAAGAAUAUUUUGACUGGGGUUCGGUAAAAAGGCUGAAGCGGCUGAAUGAAGAUUGUAGCCCGCAGUCUUCUAUUACAGACAGUUUGUGCGUGUUUUUUUUUCUUUUUCCUAAUAUAAAUUAAUAUACAUUUGAAAUUAAUUGUAUUA